AUGGGGGACGCCAACCCCGCCAAGCUUAUCGAAGAGCUUCACAAAGCAAAGCAAAGUCUCUCCGAGGUUAUUGACGAGUGCGUCUUUGUGGAGCGCCAACGCGAUCAGAUUGAGCAGGAGUUGACCGCAGAACUUAGGGAACGUGAUCGGCUGGUUUCCGACACAUGCGCUUCGUUAGUGUCCUUGACGGAGUACCUCUCGCUGCUGGAGCGACGUGUAAUCCUUCCCGCCUUAGGGACGUUUAGUGCGGUGGUAUGUAAAGUGCCGGCGGUGGGUGGGGCUCGCAGUUUGACAGUUGAAAGUGUUGAGGAGAGCCUUAGUGCUAACAAUUCCACGUACUUUCGAGGUAUACUAGCGAGGAUGGCCCCCAUCGCUAAUGACAUUGAAACAGGGAUACGACAAAUGCUGUUAGACACUGCAAAGCCCUUCUCUAUUGAGGAGUCAUACGUGCUGCUUCGUGCCCUACUUGAGGAGAAGGAUAAACUGGUGAAGAAGCUGAAUGACACUUUGCUUCAUGUGAAUAGUGUUGGCUUGAAGCUUCGUGACUCACGCUCCGUGUCCGUGAAUCAUGGAGAUGAAAUUCGGGAGCUGCGUCAAAAGGUGGUGACACUCACGCAGGAGCUUAAGCUUUGCGAGGACGAAAAGCGGGAGGUGUUGCACCGUCUGGCGUUGCUUCAGGAGGACUUGUCUAGGGGGCGCGAGAGUGUUAGGGAGCUGCAUCAGCUUCGGCAAACCGUGGCCCAUCAGGAUCGAACCAUCGAACUGCUGCGUUUGUCUAGUAGUGGGUCGCCGGCGCGGCUGCAGCCACACUUUUUGGCGUCUAAAAGUGGCAAUGGUGGUGUGGGAGAUGUCGAUGAGGAAGGGUUUAUACCCCAACUAAAGGCAAAUGAAAUGGCAAUUGGGGCGCUUAACAAGGAGCUGGCGAUGUUGGAGGAAAACUACCGUGUGUUGGAUAGACGCAGUGAGAGAAAGCAGGAGGAACUCCAGUCGGAAUUGGCAGGUGCUAGACGCAGGCACCAGGCGGAACAAGAAGAGUGUAACACCGUUCUUGGACGAGUUACAAUGGAACUGGAGAAAUUAGUGGAUGAAAAUGCACAGUUGAAGAAGCGACUCAAGCAGGUGCAUGCCAAAAAAAGGCCUGUUACAGAAGAUUUAUAG